AAUGAUAUGAAUUCACUGUAUCUUGUUCCAUCCGAGGCUAAGGAUAUUUCCAUAAAAAGAAAUGUCCUGGUUUUUCCUUUCAUUGGCCUUCUUGGUCUUAAACACAACCAAUGCUGAUAAUCCUUUAUGGAUAGAAGAAAUAGAAGAGCUUCCCGAAUUUUCGGCUCAGUCGGUUUCCCGAAGUGCCGACAAAGUUUAUCGCCUACCAGAGAAUGUUGUGCCUUUAGAAUAUGACAUUUUUAUUGAUCUUUAUUUCGCCGAGAGAAUAGAUCGACCAUUUAGCUUCGAUGGAAGAGAAUUCAUUGUGAUUCAGGCAACAGAGGAAAACGUCACUAAUAUUGUCCUGCACUCCAAUGUUGAUAGUAUAAACUCUAUUACUCUGUUAUCUGAUAAUGGAGAAACAGUUAACCUUAAUUUAAUUGAACCGUACACUUUGGAGCCGCAGUAUCAUUUUCUGCGCAUAAAUUUACAACAAGCGAUGGAUCUUGGAAGAAAUUAUACACUCUAUAUUGAUUAUAGCAAUUCAAUGAAUGAUGGACCAAUGAAAAGAGGUAUUUGGAAAGGGUGGUACACUGAUGACGAAGGCGUUGAAAGGAUAUAUGCAGCCACGCAUUUCCAGCCUUACAAUGCAAGACAAGCAUUCCCAUGCUGGGAUGAGCCAUUAUUCAAAGCAGUAUUCAAGCUUCAUUUAUCGAAACCAUCGAGUUAUAUUGGGACCUACUCGAACACUGGUAUCGAAAACACAGAUACUCUAGAGAAUAAUAGGACCCGUGACAAUUUCCUUGAGAGUCCAAAAAUGUCCUCGUAUCUAGUCACGUUCUUAGUGAGCGAAUCAUUUAAAGUGAUCGCAAGUAACACAUCGUUUACUCCAGCAAUAAGAAUAGUCGGUAGAUCGAAUACAGCGGGAUUAGGUGACCAUGCUUUAGAUCUGACUGUUAAAAUGACUGAAUAUUUUGACGAUUAUUUUAAAAUACCGUAUUCGUCGCUACAUCCAAAUCUUUUAAACGAUCAUAUUUCUUCACCGGACUGGGCAUCAGCAGGUACAGAAAAUUGGGGCAUGGUCAGCUACAGAGAAUUAUACCUAAUAAUCGACCCGAGGGAAACUAUUAUGUCAGUUGAACAUUAUGCUACUACUCUUGUUUCUCAUGAAUUAGCUCACAAAUGGUUCGGCAAUUUGAUAACUUGUUUUUGGUGGAGUAACACUUGGAUUAAUGAGGGUUUCGCCAGCUAUUUCGGAUACAUUGCUGCACAUCAGAUGUUUCCCCAGUAUGACCUGCAUGAGCAUUUUAAUUCUCGUUACCUUCAAACCAGCUUAAACUUUGAUUCAGGAGUUACAACUGUUCCACUAAACCAUGAUGUCAAUAGUCCAGCUCAAGUGACUGGACAUUUCGGAACUAUUAGUUAUUCUAAGGGAGCUGCAUUUUUGAGAAUGCUCGGUGAUAUGAUAACUCCUGGAACAUUCCAGAAAGCGUGCCAAUAUUUUUUGUUGAAUAAUCCUUAUGAAGCAACAGAUCAGUAUGAUUUAUAUGACGCAUUUGCAAAAGCAAUAGAUGAAGAUCGUACUUUGAAUGAGUACUCAAACUUUAAUUUUACUGAUUUUUAUCGCAUUUGGGUGAAUGAAGCAGGUUAUCCUCUAUUAACAGUAGAAGUUAACUACAUAACUGGUGAAAUGGCAUUGACUCAAGAAAGGUUUUUCCUCAGUGCAUCAGCGGGAACCACUGAUCAAAUAUAUCCUAUACCUAUAACAUAUUCUAGUAAAGCCAAACCAGAUUUUACAAAUUUAACAGCCAGUUACAUGCUGACUUCAAAACAGGCAAUAAUUCAAAAAGAAGCGGCCGAUGAAUGGGUUAUAUUCAAUAAUCAACAACAUGGACAUUACCGAGUUAACUACGAUGUCAAAACUUGGAAUUUAAUAUCAGAGGCUUUGUUGAACGAUCCGGAAUCUAUUCAUUACUUAAACCGAGCGCAAAUUGUUAAUGACGUAUUCGCUUUAAUGAGAGCAAAUAAACUGACAUAUCGCUUCGGCUUUCAUAUUAUUAAAUUCCUACGCAAUGAAAUUAAUUAUCACGUUUGGAAUCCAGCAAUUAGUGGAUAUACUUGGUUGAGGAAUAGACUGCGCCAUCUUCCCGAGAGUCAGGCGACCUUUGAUUCAUACCUCCUUAGCUACAUGGAUUACGUUAUCAAUACUCUUGGAUACGAACCAGCUUCCAAUGAGUCGGUGACUAUAACCCUUACUCGACAAGAGGUCCUGCACUUUGCAUGCACUCUUGGUCACGAAAUAUGCAUUCAAAAUUCGAGGGAUAAAUUUAUUUCCAUGAGAGACCAAGGCGCUUGGGUCGAUCCUAGAAUCCGGCGCCAUGUUUAUAUUGCAGGAGUUAGACAAGGAGGACAGCAAGACUUUGAGUUCCUAUUAAACAGAUAUAGGAAUUCGAACUUUGCUAAUGAUCAGUUGGAAAUAUUGAGGGCCCUUGGUGCUACCAGAGAUCCUCAGCUUUUGACGAGAUACUUGGAAUUUACACUAGACAAAGCUGUGCGAUCGCAUGAUAAAGCUACAUCUUUCAACUACGCCUUGCUUGGUAACCCUGAAAAUGCACAUACUGUGUUGCAGUUCGUGAAAAACAACAUCAAUGCUAUCAGAGUCGCUUAUGUUGAAGAAGCUCCUCCGAAUCCGGUACAUACUGCUCUGUCCAAUCUUGCAGCUUACUUGGAUGAAGCUGGUCUUGUUGAGUACCAAGAAUGGCUACGCAGUACACAGACUAACACGGCCCAGUUCAACAGUGCUAUAUCUGCUAUUUCAUCUGCGCGCAACAAUAUGGCUUGGGGUACAGCUAACGUCGACAUGAUUUUAAACGCAGCUAGAGAUGGCGCAACUAACGUUAUGAUGUCAACACUUUUAAUUUCAAUAAUGGCUGUAAUUGCUGUGUUUCUUUAAUAAAUUAAACAAUUAAUUUGUCAUCUUUAAAGUUUUGUGUUAAAUUUAAAACCUUCCCGUGUC